UGUCACGUGACCUCGCCCUCGCCUAGAUACCAGAGAAAGCGUCGCUCCUCCGUGGUCGCUACGGAGAGAGAGAGGGAGGGAGAGAGGGAUGGCUCUGUUGUAGUUAAAACACACUUCUUCUGUGUACUUUCUCACACACUUAGGACUACUUACUAUCAUGGCAGUCUGUGGGAAACGCUUCUCGGUGGUUACGACAGCGGCUCUACCGAGGUUUAACGUGUGUAUCUCCACGUUUCGGAGCUACUAGAGCAGCUUUAUCUGGGCAUGACAGAUAAAGAUUAGUUAGCAUGCUAGCGAGCUAGCCACAGCCUCAGCAUCACACAGCGACCACACCUGCAGGUGACAGUGUGGCUGCAGGUUCCUAGCAGACAUGGGCAAACUACAAAGCAAGUUUCGCAAGAGGUCUGACCUCUACAGGGCAUCUCAGGGAGAGAAGGCAGAUAAUGCCUUUGACAGUCAGGUGAUUCAGUAUGAACCGGCCCAUCAAGGCUCCACCAACUCUGUCACCAAUCUCAGCCCAGAUCUGUGUGUUUCUGGUGGGAGUGAUCAGGCCGUGGUGGUGUAUGACUGGAAACAAGGACGGAUGUGUCAGUCCUUCCAGGGUCACAACCGAGAGGUUACCAAGGUGGUGUGUUAUCCAGGCAGCACAUGGAUCUUUAGUGCCUCACGGGACAAGACUGUUCUGAUGUGGGACCUAAACCAAGGGGACGAACCUAUUCAGGAAUUUUGUGGGCAUGAAUUGGUGGUCAACGGACUAGCUAUCGGCCCUGAGGGGAGGAAGCUGUGCACCGGUUCUCGUGACAACUGGAUGUGCCUGUGGGAUAUAGAAUCUGCAAAAUGUGAACAGAGACACAACAUUUCUAGAAACCUGGUGACUCACGUGUGUUGGGUACCAAACAGCUCCACCAUUGUCCAGACCUCUGAAGAUAAGACCGUAAGGGUGUGGGAUAGCCGUGCAUGGCAGGUGACCAAUACUUUUCCAGCCAAGCAAUACAUCCAGACCCACUGUGAUGUCUCUCCAAAUGGACACUACAUGGUGUCCAGCAGCAACGGCUUUGGAGGCCAGGGCUGUGAAGCCACGCUCUGGGACCUACGUCAGCCUGGCUGUAAAGUUGUGGAGUACAGAGGUCAUCAUCAGACCACGGCCUGCUGCAUGUUUCUGCCUACGCCUCCUGGUGGCGCAGCUCAGGUAGCAACAUCCUCCCAUGACAGCUCCCUGAAAGUGUGGGAUCAGAACACAGCAGUCUGUUUAGGGACGUUGUCUCUGGAUGGUGCCGGUCCACUGAUUUGUCUGGCUCCCACUGACUCCGACAACCUGCUGUGUUCCAGCUUCAACAACGGCCUCCAUCAUAUUCAGUUGGGCCACGGAUCAAACCAGGCUCAGGUUUCUGGGGCAGGUUCAGGUGGAGCUGGUGGCCUGGACAUAAACGUUGUGGCACGCUUCUGACAGCCCAGAAGAGCCUGGUGUGACUCGUAACCCUGACCUGUGAACAGCCGGUGACUCAGCGAGCGUAUCACUGGAUAUGGACGACAUGUCAGUUCUUUUUUUUUUGUACUAUUUUACAUAUUUCUAUUGACAUUUUUGCUUUACUAGACUGCCAUACAGGGAAGAAUGACAGAAGAGAUCAGUGAGAAAAGGAGUGGAUGAUGAUGACAUGUAUGGAGGAUGUACCUUUUGUCCAGCAAAGCCACCUUGGAUGCCCGUCAAAGCUGCUCUUCUGGGAGUCUGUAAGUCACAUUACUUAUUAAUUGAUGAGAGACUGUAAACAUCAUAAUGAUCUUUCUUGGAUCAAACCAUAAAUAACUGGGGACUGCUUUCAGUUUUGUGGAUUUGACUUAUUGCUUUUAUUGGUGGUGUUGAAUAUGUGUUUGGAGGAGAUCGUAAUGCGGCAGGAGUGGUGUCGAAAAUGUGGAAGCACUCUUAGAGCAGGAAAAUCAGCUAUUUGUGUUCCUUCUUCUGAAUCUGACAGAGAAGUGGAAGCCAAAUAGAUUUUCAUACUAAGUGUAUGUAAUUUUUAUUUUUUCUGGAUAACAAAUUUAGUAGAUGCAGUCAGAUUUGUUUGUCAAUCACUUUGUGGAAAGUUGUUUUUAUCACCAAAACAGUGUAAUGCGGAACACGUGUAUGUUGAUAAUUAUGUAACCGUUGAUUAGUUUAUACUGUAGCUUUAACCUGUCACGUGUUAGACCAAAUGAAUACUUACGACACAAGACUGUAAAAACAUUAGCUUUGUUUUUAGGUACAAUAUAAUUCAUAAUGUUUUUUAAAGAUACGGAUUGUGAUAUUUUUGAACUGAAGCUGCUGAUAGCUGAUGUUUGGUGCCGAUGUCCAAUAUAUUUAAAUUUGAAAGUUACUAUGCAAAAUACCAGAAUAAUUCCCUUUUUAAUAAAGUAUUGUUUGAAUAAA